AUGACAACCAUGCAAGCAAUGUUCCAAAAAGAGGCCGAGAACACUCACAGAAAUAAAAGAGAAAUAUUGCCAUUCUUGGCCAGGUUUCAAGACACGGGAUGCACACGGCGAGCUACCACAAGGGGCUUCAGCUAUCUGGAACAGUGGCGUCACUGCGACUCGGACUGGAGCUCAUGUCUCAAUUCGAGACCUCAACAACAUGCAAGAGUUGCCAAAAAUGAAGGGACAUCCGUUUCUCCUGCAGCUUAUGGCUUCAUCCAUCUGCCUUCGUCACCGCGUGCUGAUCUGUUCAUGAAAUCAACUCUACGUGAGAGAAUACGGUAG